AGCAAGGCACAUUUUCUGUACUUAUGUGAAGUUGAUGAAAUCAAAUAAACCAAGAGGGAGAUAAAAGAUGAGUAUCCUGUGGCUGGCACUUCUCCUGGGAUCUGCAAUAUUGGCAGAGGAGCAGUAUUUCCCACAGUCCAGUGCCAAGACAUGGGAUGAAGCAAGGGACCACUGUCAGACCUGUUUCAAAGAUCUGGCGACCAUCACUUGUAGGAACAUCCACCUCAUUUUACAGAAUCUCAAUUCGGAAUACUGGAUUGGACUUCGCAGGAGAUUCAAUGGCUCCAAAGCAUGGUCAAGAUGGUCCAAUGGAGACCAUGUUACAUAUCAAAACUGGUAUCCUGGCCAUCCUGUACAAAAUGAAGUAACAUGUCCUUCAACUCCAACCAGUACCACCCCAGUGACUGAUUUAACCAGUACACCAGUGAAUAAUUCAACCAGUACCUUCCCAGUGAAUGAUUCAUCCAGUACCACCCCAGUGAAUAAUUCAACCAGUACCACCCCAGUGAAUAAUUCAACCAGUACCACCCCAGUAAACAUUUCUACCAGUACCACCCCAGUGAAUAAUUCAACAAGUACCAUCCCAGUGAAUAAUUCAACAAGUACCUUCCCAGUUAAUGAUUCAACCGGUACCACCCCAUUGAAUAAUUCAACCAGUUCCACCCCAGUGACUGAUUCAACCAGUACCACCCCAAUGACUGAUUCAACCAGUGUCAUCCGAGUGACUGAUUCAACCAGUACAACCUUAGUGACUGAUUCAACCAGUACCAUCCCAGUGAAUAAUUCAACCAGUACCACCCCAGUGAAUAAUUCAACCAGUACCACCCCAGUGAAUAAUUCAACCAGUACCACCCCAGUGAAUAAUUCAACCAGUACCACCCCAGUGAAUAUUUCAACCAGUACCAUCCCAGUGAAUAAUUCAACCAGUACCAUCACAGUGAAUAAUUCAACCAGUACCACCCCAGUGAAUCAUUCAACCAGUACCACCCCAGUGAAUCAUUCAACCAGUACCACCCCAGUAAAUAAUUCAACCAGUACCACCCCAAUAAGCUCAUCCACAUCAAAAAUUAGCAGCACAGAAGAUCAGUGCUCCCUACUGACACAAAUGCUUAAUUGCCUAAAUAUGACAUACUUUAUAAAUACAAUUGUGACAAUGGUCAGUACAACUCCUCAUUCUUUAUACCAGACGCUACUGCCUGUUAGCAUGCCCAGUAGCACACAAAGAAUAUGUAAUGACAAUGGUGAUACUAUAGAGUAUAUUGAGGAUGCCUGUGUGGCCUUGCUCAGCAAUGGCAUGUGGGAAGAAAGAUUUUGCAAUAUAAAUCUUUCCUACAUCUGUUAUGAAGAGCGUUUUAUGGGGGAAAUACACAUUUCCAAUGAGACUGAAACUGGGGUUAAUCUAUCCUGGAGUCAAGCACCAGGGGACAUUACGCACUACAGAGUGGAGGUUACAGCGGACCAAAAUGAGACUUUUAAAAAGAUUUUAAAUGAGACAAACCUGUCUACACAAUUAUUGGACCUCAAAAAAGGAACCCAAUAUGAUGUCCAAGUGAUCCCAGUGAAAUGUGGCAGGGAUCUCAACCCUCUGAAUAUUUCUUUCUUUACCACUCCAUUGGGUGUUUAUAAUCUCAGUGUAAUAAAGGUGACAAAUGAAAGCGUCGAACUGAGCUGGGAUCACUCAGGAGGCUUUAAUUUCUAUUCAGUAAAGGUGUCAGAUGUUAAUUCAACCAGUACAACCCCAGUGACAGAUUCGAACAAUACCACUCCAGUGACUGCUCCAAACAGUACCACCCUAGUAACUGAUUCAACCAGUACCCCAUUGAAUGAUUCAAACAGUACCAUCCCACUGACUGAUCCAACCAGUACCCCAUUGAAUGAUUCAAACAGUACCACCCCAGUGACUGAUUCAACCAGUACCACAUUGAAUGAUUCAAACAGUACCAUCCCACUGACUGAUUCAACCAGUACCCCAUUGAAUGAUUCAAACAGUACCAUCCCACUGACUGAUCCAACCAGUACCCCAUUGAAUGAUUCAAACAGUACCACCCCAGUGACUGAUUCAACCAGUACCACAUUGAAUGAUUCAAACACCACCCCAGUGAGUGAUUCAACCAGUACCCCAUUGAAUGAUUCAAACAGUACCACCCCAGUGACUGAUUCAACCAGUACCACAUUGAAUGAUUCAAACACCACCCCAGUGAGUGAUUCAACCAGUAUAACCCCACUGACUUAUUCAACCAGUACCACCCCAGUGACCCAUUCAACCAGUACCCCACUGAAAGAUUCAACCAGUAAAACCCCAGUGACUGAUUCAACCAGUACCCCAUUGAAUGAUUCAAACAGUACCACCCCAGUGACUGAUUCAACCAGUAUCACCCCACUGACUUAUUCAACCAGUACCACCCCAGUGACCCAUUCAACCAGUACCCCACUGAAAGAUUCAACUAGUACAACCUCAGUGACAGAUUCAACCAGUAUCACCCCACUGACUGAUUCAACAAGUACUACACCAGUGACCGAUUCAAUUAGCAUCACCCCACUGACUGAUCCAAUCAGUACUACCCCAGUGACUGAUUUAACCACUACCACCCCAGUAACUGUAUCAGAAAUACAUAAUGCAAGCUCAUGA